GGCAGCGAGUAAGAGAGAGAGAGAGAGAGAGAGAGGUGCGCCCAGGCAGACCGACUGAAGAGCGUGUGUGCAAACUAGGAUGAGUAAAUGCACUAGGCGGCUUAGCUGUUGAUACAGCCAGAGAGAGAGAGAGAGAGUGAGUGUGUGUGUGCACGAAAGCGAGAGAGAGAGCACACGAGAGAGAGAGAGAGAGAGGGUGAGAGAGAAGAAGUGAAAGGGAGAAAAAAGGGAAGAAAGAAGCAGAGAACAAAAAAGGGAGGAUACAACUACAACUAUGCUGUGCUGCAUAAGAAGAACCAAACCGGUGGAGAAGAAUGAGGAGGCGGACCAGAAGAUUGAACAGGAUGGCACCACCAACAAACCCGAGGACAAGGCCCACAAGGCUGCCACCAAAAUACAGGCCAGCUUCCGUGGACACAUAACUCGGAAAAAGAUGAAAGACGGAGAGGAAGAGAAGGAGGGAGACAGUCCUGCUGCUGCAGAGGAGGCGACAGAGGGAGGAGAGGAGGCAAAGAAAGCAGAGGGAGAGGAGGCACCCGCAAAGGAGGAAAAAGCUGCAGGAGAGGAGGCCAAGAAGGAGGAGGAGACGAGCCAAGCCAAAAGCCCAGUGGCAGACAAGCCAGCUAACUCUCCGGCAGCUGCUGCUGCCUCUCCAGUAGGCACAGCGACAUCUCCUGUAGCUGCAGCACCGGCAGCUGCUGCCUCUCCUACAGCCACCACAGCACCCUCUGAGCCCCAGAAAGAGGAGCCAAAGGUAGAGGAAAAAGCAGAGGAGAAGCCCAAAGAGGUGGAGGCCCCAGCGGCGGCAGCCAAAAGUCCUACCACAGCCACAGCUGAGGAGAAGAAGGAGGAGGAGAGUGAAGAGAAAAAGGAGGAGCCCAGACAAGCCGAUGUGCCUGCUGCUGUCAGCCCGGCAGCUGAAGCAGAGAAGGAGGAGCCUAACCAAACAAAAGAAAAACAAGAUGCUGCAGAGGAGUCUAAAGCAGUGGAGGCCACCCCGGCAGAUGCAGCAGCGGAGGGCACCGAGUCCAAGGAUGACUAAGGCAAAGUCUAACCUAAAGAAAGCAGAAUUAAGAGUAUGAAGAAUAACACAAAAACAAAAAUCUAAAAAGGUUGCUCUUUGCCUUUCUAAUGUGAAGGCAGUCCGUUUCUAUUUGUUUGUCAUUUUUUGUGUGGCAAUGAUUUUCUCAUGUUGGGGGAGUUUCCAGCGUUACGUUUUUUGGCUCAAGCUAAUACUAUGAGGAAGUGGUGUUGAUGAUAAUUAUAAGAUUGUGAUUAUGAAAAAUGAUUGUUACCUUGAUGAUAAUGAUGAUGAGGAGGAGGAUUUAAACUUCACUAUCUAUUAUAAGUGAAUCAGUGGUGAAAUGAACGCUCCCAACUGGAUAUUUCCACAUGUAAAAUGCAUUGUGAAUGCACGAUACUUUAUUUGCAUUACAAUGCACUUUCUUUAAACACAUUUUGCAAAUAAAAUCUGUACUUCUGCAAAUGCACGCACAAAAACAAGCUGGUUUAAAAUGCAACUCUAGUUUUCAACACAGUACAAGUGUAUUGAGAACACAGCAAAUAGUGACACAUCGGAUGAAGAAUAGAAUGUAUAAUUAAAUGUGUGACAUUUCCAGUUGGGCAGCUUUAUCCUGAAUCCAAAAAACAAAUAUAGGACUAUUACUCUCUCUUUAUUCAGCUUGAGUCAUUCAAGCUUGGUUUACACCCCUUUUACAAACUCCAUGUUUACUCACAUUUACAGUAAAGGACCUGUUGUCAUUUAAAUGACAUAAGCAUAUAAUAAACUACAGGAGUCAGCUAUAUUACUGGUGUAACUGGCUCUUACAUGACGAUUUGUGUUCUGCCAACCAAACCUGAGAACAGUAGCAUGAACCAUCGAACCAGAUGCAUGAUGGGAACUCUCCCUCUGAGAGGAACUUUUUCGCAGUCACAAAAACUUAAGAGGUGUGGCGGCUUCUUUUUGAUGUCUUUGGUGUUGUUAUGACAGUUUAUAUGAAUUGGAAAAAAUACUCUUGCACUGAUGUUACGCAAAAAAAGGUAAAAAGAAAAAUCUAACAAAUGAGCAAAGAAAAAAUACUUUCCCCAUGUUUCAGUGAGUGCAAUGUCCAGUUUCAACCUUAUCAAGGAGUUCAAACUUGUGAGAAAAAAAUAAAAAUGGUUUCAAUGUCUGUUUUCAAAAUAAAGCAAAUGUGCCAAUUACCAUCAUAAA